AUGGAGGAACCAUCUUCAUCAGAUAUCCUCGAAGGAGAGAUUGUUGGAAUCAAAUUCGGUCUUGCAACUAACCAUCAAAUCCGUAAAGCAUCAAUCAGAGAGGCCAAGAUCGAUCAUGCCAACCAAUUGUCAAACUCGUUCCUGGGGUUACCUUUGGAGUUUGGCAAGUGUGAAUCUUGCGGUGCAACAGAAACAGAUAAAUGUGAAGGCCAUUUUGGGUACAUUGAGCUGCCAGUGCCAAUAUACCAUCCUGCUCAUGUGAAGGAGCUGAAAGAAAUGCUGAGUCUCCUGUGCUUGAAGUGCCUGAAGAUGAAGAAGGCCAAGAGCACAAGUGGUGGUAUUGCAGAGCGACUAUUAGGUGUUUGUUGUGAGGAAGCUUCGCAAAUCUCAAUCAGAGAAAAAGCAUCAGAUGGUGCCUCAUAUCUAGAACUGAAGGUCCCAUCUAAGUCAAGACUGCAGGGCGAUUGCUGGAAGUUUCUAGAAAGAUAUGGUUAUCGCUAUGGAGGUAAUCACACGCGGCCCCUGCUGGCGAGAGAGGUGAAGGAAAUCAUAAGACGGAUCCCCGAAGAAACGAGGAAAAAACUCACAGCAAAGGGACAUAUUCCUCAAGAAGGAUACAUACUAGAAUGUCUUCCAGUCCCUCCUAACUGUUUGGCAGUGCCAGAUGCUUCUGAUGGUGUCAGCUCUAUGUCGGUGGAUCCUUCCAGAAUUGAGCUAAAAAACGUUCUGAAGAAAGUGAUUGCCAUAGAAAGCUCUAGGUCUGGUGAAACAAACUUUGAGUCUCAUAAGGCUGAAGCGGAUGACAUCUUCAGAGUGGUGGAUACAUACCUGCAGGUGAGGGGUACUGCCAAAGCAGCAAGACACAUUGAUCUGAGAUUCGGUGGUGCGAAGAUGUCAGACAGCUCUUCUUCAAAAGCUUGGGCAGAGAAGAUGAGAACACUUUUCAUUCGUAAGGGUUCAGGCUUCUCUUCUCGCAGCGUCAUCACAGGGGAUGCUUACAGAAAGGUGAACGAAGUUGGGAUCCCAAUGGAGAUUGCCCACAGAAUCACUUUCGAGGAGAGAGUUAGCGUCCACAACAUUGGUUAUCUACAAGAGCUAGUGGACAACAAGAUGUGCCUGAGCUAUACUCAAGGUUCUACGACCUAUUCUCUGAGGGAUGGUUCCAAGGGGCACACUGUGCUGAAGCCAGGGCAGAUUGUUCAUCGCAGAGUCAUGGAUGGCGAUGUAGUUUUUAUUAACCGACCCCCGACGACGCACAAGCAUUCUCUUCAAGCACUUCGGGUGUAUGUCCACGAAGACAACACGGUGAAGAUAAAUCCUCUCAUGUGUGGCCCCCUCAGUGCUGACUUUGAUGGUGAUUGUGUCCAUCUGUUUUACCCGCAGUCACUUACCGCCAAGGCAGAGGUUAUGGAGCUCUUCUCUGUUGAUAAGCAACUGCGUAGCUCACAUACAGGGAAUCUGAUUUUGCAGAUGGGCCUUGAUUCUUUGCUGUCGUUGAGGGUUAUGCUUGAGCAGGUGUUUCUAAACAAGGCAACUGCUCAACAGCUAGCUAUGUAUGGGUCCCUGUCUUUGCCACCACCAGCAAUAAGAAAGUCCAGUAGAUCUGGCCCGUCUUGGACAGUUUUUCAGAUUCUACAGCUCGCGUUUCCUGAGCGUCUGAGCUGUAAAGGGGACAGGUUCUUGGUUAGUGAAAGUGAUUUGAUGUGCUUUGAUAUUGGGGUUGAUGCCAUGGCGUCUAUGGUUAGUGAAAUAGUCACUUCCAUCUUGUUGGAGAAGGGUCCAAAGGAGGCACUGGGAUUCUUUGAUUCACUGCAGCCUCUAUUGAUGGAACAUCUUUCCGGUGUGGGUUUUAGUCUAAGUUUGGAAGACUUAUCCAUGUCUAGGGAAGACAUGGAUGUUAUUCACAAUCUUAUCAUCCGGGAGAUUUCUCCUAUUGUGUCUCGCUUGAGAUUAUCAUAUGACGAUGAAUUGCAACUAGAGAACAGCAUCCACAAAGUGAAGGAAGUGGCGGCUAACUUUAUGCUGAAGUCAUAUUCCAUGCGGAACUUGAUUGACAUCAAGAGUAACUCAGCAAUCAACAAGCUGGUGCAGCAGAUAGGCUUCCUGGGUCUUCAGCUUUCGGACAAGAAGAAGUUGUACACAAAAACUCUGGUGGAAGAUAUGGCUCAGUUUUGUAAGAGAAAAUAUGGCAGGAUUUCUUCCUCUGGAGAUUUUGGAAUUGUGAAGGGCUGCUUCUUUCACGGACUGGAUCCCUAUGAAGAGAUGGCUCAUUCGAUUGCAGCAAGAGAGGUCAUUGUUCGCUCUUCAAGGGGUUUAGCUGAGCCUGGGACACUCUUCAAGAAUUUGAUGGCUGUUCUCCGGGACGUGGUGAUUACUAACGAUGGAACUGUGAGAAACACAUGCAGUAACUCGAUAGUGCAGUUCAAGUAUGAAGUCAAUUCUGAACGUGGACAUCAAGGUUUGUUUGAAGCGGGAGAGCCUGUUGGAGUAUUGGCAGCUACCGCCAUGUCAAAUCCUGCCUAUAAGGCGGUGCUUGAUUCCAGUGCCAGUAGUAAUUCAUCAUGGGAGCUAAUGAAGGAAGUUUUGCUCUGCAAAGUCAACUUCCAAAACACAACCAACGAUCGGCGUGUAGUUCUUUAUUUAAAUGAAUGCCACUGUGGAAAAAGGUAUUGCCAGGAAAAUGCUGCUUACACAGUUAGGAACAAGCUAAAGAGAGUUAGUCUUAAAGAAACUGCAGUGGAGUUCCUAGUCGAAUACAGAAAGGAACAAGCAAUUUCAGAAAUUUUCGGAAGUGAUUCAUGCCUACGUGGCCAUAUUCAUCUUAAUAAGACAUUGUUGCAAGAUUGGAACAUCAGUAUGCAGGAUAUACUGCAAAAGUGCGAGGAUGCAAUUAGCUCACUAAAGAAAAAGAAAGCUGAUGACUUCAAGAGAACGAGUUUCUCUGUCAGUGAGUGCUGCUCUUUCCGAGAUCCAUGUGCGAGCAAAGAUUCUGAUAUGCCUUGCCUGAUGUUCUCCUCCUACAAUGCCGCCGAUCCUGAUCUAGAAAGAACUCUCGAUGUCCUUUGCAAUACAAUUUACCCAUUUCUCUUGGAGACAGUGAUCAAAGGUGAUCCACGGAUUUCCUCAGCAAAUAUCAUCUGGAAUAGUCCAGAAAUGACCACCUGGAUCCGGAAUCGCCAUGCGUCUCGCCGAGGGGAAUGGGUUCUGGAUGUUACCGUUGAAAAGUCUGCUGUCAAGCAAAGCGGCGAUGCAUGGAGGGUUGUGAUUGAUUCCUGUCUCUCAGUGCUUCAUCUAGUGGACACAAAACGAUCAAUCCCAUACUCUAUAAAGCAAGUGCAAGAGUUGCUUGGGUUAUCCUGUGCUUUUGAGCAAGCAGUUCAGCGUCUCUCAGCUUCAGUGAGAAUGGUCUCCAAAGGAGUUCUGAAAGAACACAUCAUCCUCCUAGCAAACAACAUGACCAGUUCAGGAAACAUGUUGGGUUUCAACUCUGGAGGUUACAAGGCUUUGACACGAGCCUUGAACAUCAAAGCUCCAUUCACAGAAGCAACUCUGAUUGCACCAAGGAAAUGUUUUGAGAAGGCUGCUGAGAAGUGUCAUACAGACACUCUAUCCACAGUCGUUGGCUCUUGUUCUUGGGGAAAGCGUGUGGACGUUGGAACAGGUUCACAGUUCGAGCUCCUGUGGAACAAAAAAGAGACUGGCCUAGAUAACGAAGAUAAAACAGAUGUGUUCAGCUUUCUCGAAAUGGUCAGAUCCACGACAAAGGCAGAUGCAUAUGUUUCUUCCCCUGGUUUUGAUGUUACAGAGGAAGAAAUGGCUGAAUGGGCUGAAUCGCCUGAGCGAGACUCUGCUCUUGGAGAGGCCAAGUUUGACGACAGUGCUGAGUUCGAAAAUAUACAUGAUGAAGGCAAGCCAUCGGAAUCCAAGUGGCAGACCGGAUCUCUUUGGGACAAUGGUUUCAGUGGUGGCUCAGAGUGGGGAGUCCCCAAAAAUACAGGUGGUGAGGAAAACUGGGAAAAGACUACAAAUGGUGCGAAGGAAGAUGCUUCGUCUGGUUGGAACAUCAAAAAGGAUGCCCCAGAAUCUUCCAACUCAGAUUCAUGGGGUGCUUGGGGCUCAAAGACAAAAGAUGAUGAUGCAAAUACAACACCGAACUGGGAAACAAGACCAGCUCAGGAAGAAUCUGUUGUCAUCGAAAACAAUGAGCCUGGUUUUGACGUUUGGGGACCCAAAUCUGUUUCAGACAAAUCUUGGGGAAAAAAGAACACUGGAACUGAGUCCGGUGGUGCCACUUGGGGUUCUACGGACAAAUCUAAUUCUGAAGCUGAACCAGAUGCUGCUGCUUGGGGUUCUCAGGCCAGAAAGGAACCAGAUGCUGCUGCUUGGGGUUCUCAGGCCAGAAAGGAACCAGAUACUGCUGCUUGGGGUUCUCAGGCCAGAAAGGAACCAGAUGGUGUUGCUUGGGGUUCUCAGGCCAGAAAGGAACCAGAUACUGCUGCUUGGGGUUCUCAGGCCAGAAAGGAACCGGAAACUCAAUCAAAUGUGGCUGCUUGGGGUUCCGGGAGCAGAACGUACAAAGUAACUGAAGCAGAUGCUGCUGCUUGGGGUUCUCAGGCCAGAAAGGAACCGGAAACUGAAUCAGAUGUGGCUGCUUGGGGUUCCGGGAGCAAAACGAACAAAGUAACUGAACCUGCUCCCGCUGCUUGGGGUUCUUGGGACAAAAAGAACACAGGAACCGAAUCAGGUCCUGCUACUUGGGGUUCCCGGGACAACAAGAAUUCUAAACCUGGAUCUGGUGCUGCUUUUUGGGGAUCCAGGAACGAAAAGAGCUUGGAAACUGAGUCAGGUGGUGCUACAUGGGGUUCUAGGGACAAGUCUAAUACUGAAAGUGAACCAGGUCAUGCCGCUUGGGGUUCUCAGACCAAAAAGACUUCUGAAGCCGAAUCUGGUGGUGCUGAUUGGGGUGCUUGGGACAAAAAGAAUUCAGGAACUGAAUCACCUGGUACUGCUGCUUGGGGUUCUAAGGACAAAAGUGAUUCGGAAACUGGAUCUCCUGCUGCUUGGGGACAGCCAAGUCCCACUGAUGCCACUGUAGAUGAUGGAAAUCCGUGGGUGUCCUUGAAGGAGACCAAAAACGGAGAAGAGGAUGAUAAAGAGAGAAGCCAGUGGGGAAAUCCAACCAAGAGAUUCCCAUCUUGUGGCUCACAGGGUGGCUGGUCCAACGGUGGUGGUUCAGACUGGAAGAGGAACCGUCCUCCUAGGACCCCUGGAUCGGAGAAUAAUCUGGCUCCCAUCUAUACAUCAACGGGACACCGCAUGGACACGUUCACCUCUGAGGAGCAAGACCUUCUCUCAUAUGUCGAACCAGUCAUGAAGUCUCUCAGGAAAAUACUGCAUCAUUCCGGGUACCCUGAUGGAGAACCAAUCUCGGAUGAGGACAAGACGUUUGUCCUGGAGAAGAUUCUGAACUUCCAUCCAGACAAAGACGCAAAGAUUGGUUCGGGUGUUGACUUCAUCACGAUCGAUAAGCACACAACGUUUGCAGACACCAGGUGCUUCUUCGUAGUCUCAACUGAUGGCGCAAGGCAAGACUUUUCAUACCGGAAAUGCGUCGCCAACUGCAUGAUGGAGACAUUCCCCAACCUCGCUGAAGAAUUCCUCGAGAAGUACUUCAGAAAGCGUCGUCCUGAUGAAAACAGAAACAGCCAAGAAGCCACUCCACCUGGAAACCCUAACAAGGAAGAAGAGAGUCAGAGUCAGUCUCAGCCCACUGGUAGUGGUGGCGAAGAGACUCAGUGUCAGUCUAACAAGGAAGAAGAGAGUCAGAGUCAGUCUCAGCCCAAUGGUAGUGGUGGCGAAAAGACUCAGGAUCAGGAUCAGGCUCAGCCCACUGGUAAUGCUGAAGCAGGUGAAGAGUCUCAGUCUCAGAGUUGA